AUGGCGUCGGAAGACACUUGCAUUACUUCGAAGCAAUUUGUAACCAUCUUAAAGAAAUUUGACAAGGACGGUCAGUAAGAGAAGCAACAGAUAUUGCCAUUUAUCAAUUGUGCUUGAAUCAUCUUUUGAGAUCUGAUACACCUUACACUGUCUGACUUUUUUUCUGUCGUUUCAUUUACUCACAGGCAAUGGACACAUCGAAAAGAGCGAGAUAGAUUCUUUUCUGAAGGCUUUUGAGGACGAGGUAUAGUAUUUAGCUCAAUACAAAAAUUUAUGGACCCCGCCCGGUAUACUUUUAUCACAGUGUAGGUUCGCUAGUAUAGUUACCAUCAGAUGCAGCUGGAAUUUAUUUUAUUUUAAGGCAACUAUGCUUAAGUAUAUCCCAAGGUUCUGCAAAAUUGCAAAGCCAAGAAUAAUAUAAGGUAUUUGAGAUUUUCGAUUAAGAAUCCGAACGCAAAGAACGAAAACUGUUCAGAUCUUGUCACUUGAACUUAAAUUAUUCUACCGAUCUUUUUCAUGGUUCCUUUCCAACAUAUAUACUUUAAAUUUCCACCUUAAGGUUAUUUUUAAACAUGAGUGUUCCAAAUCAGUAUAAAAGUUGGUAACUUCACUUAAGGAUUUUCUGAAUUUCCAUUUUAAUGGUUGUCUGCUUUUCAAAUUCAAUGAACGAACCUGUUGCCACCUGCAAAAGUAUUUUUGUUUAAUUUAUAUUUUGAAAUUUUCACCGGAAAGAUUACGAAUGAUUUCUGUCCUGAGUAAAGAAGAAAAAAUGGUGAAUGAAUUUUAUUAAAUAUAUACAAAAAAAAGAAGAAAAACAUUUUUCCAAAGGUACUAACACUAGUCUAAGGAUAAUUCCCUGGAUAAGUAACGUUUGCUUAGUUACUCAUCAUUAAUGGUUAUUCGAGCAAACUCCUUGCCAACAAGAAGAUGCGUUACAUGCACUAGAAGACCUAGAGCCACUUUUUAAAAUUUUCUAUACAUUUGUCUGUAAGAAAGUCACGGGAAAUUACAGACAAAUAUAUGGAAAAUCUAAAGCAAGCCUCUGGAGAAAUUUAAUCACAGGCACGCCCCCAGAAUUUUUUAGGACAAUACUUUGCUUUAGGUCUAUUAUUAUCGUGAAGGCAUUUCUAAUUUUCUCUAUAGGGACUCAUAGAGCAUGCAAGAUCGGUGGAAAUUGCUGAAAAAAUAAAAGAAGAAAGCAGUGACGAAAACGUCAUAACAGUAUCCACGGUAACUUUUAAAAGCUAAUGAUAAUAAGUCAUAUUGGUGAAUUUUGAAUCACUUAAAUGUGGAAGAAAAUUAAAGUGCACCACUGUGAUUCUGAGACUACUAGAUAGUAUUGUAGUUAAAACAGAUGACUUUUAAUCUUUCAAUCUUUUUAUCCGGACGAUCAAACUCAACCUACUUUUCAAUCCUCUAUUAACCAUAUCAUGAUAAGGUUUCAUAGUACAAAUUAUUGAAAAAAAAAAAGAAUUGUACUCUAUGAUCUUGUUUCAGCUGACAGCAAACAUUGUCCCAGUUAACUUUCUAAAAGCUGAAUUCGGAAAACAACACGAAAGGAUCUCAAGCAUUGAUUUUAUGAAGGUAAACAGCAAACUAUAGAUGUGGAGAAUGGCCGGUUACAUAUAUAGGCAUGCAACGAGUGAAAAAACUAAAUAUGUUGCACUCUUAGGGUCUUAAAUACCGUAAAUUUACGAAAAUAAACCCCUCCAUGUGUAAGCCCCUCCAAAUAUAAGCCCCCAAACCGAAUAUAGCAAAAACGGUAAAUUUAUCUCCAACUAUAAGGCUAGCCCAAUCGAUUUCCCAAAAAUCCGAAUAUAAGCCCUCUCAAAAAUAAGCGUUUAAGCCCCGGUGCUUAUUUUGGAAAUUUUAAUUUUGUUGCCCUUCACAAAUUUUGCUAAAAAUAUUCAGUGAACCACUUAUUUUGGAAAAUUUUUUUUAUCGUUUAAAAAGCAACAAGUUUACAGGAAAUUUCAAUUUUGUUCUACGUAUUUUUAACUAUAUCCUUUAUCGUUUCUGUUUGUCGUAUUUGAUAAUAUUGACAUCACGUCGUCUCUUAAACGUCGUGUUUUUAAAGAGUUACAAUUUAUGCUAGAAAGUUUUGUCGAAAGUGUUUCUGUUUAAGAUGGCGUUGUAAAUACAUGCAUUCUAUGAAAAUCGCUUUCUAAAGACUGAUAUGUCCGUCCUUAUCAUUAUCAAUGUCCAAAAAUUUAAAAGCUACAGCUAUAUUGCUUUGAGGGAAUUGUACCGUCCACUACAUGGACAAUGACAUUCCUACGGACCGACUUUAACAACAUAGAAAGGACAACUUCGCGGGCAAGUAUACAAACUUAAUCUGAGUGAUUUUAUCAAUUGCGAACUAAAACACUAGUAAGACUAUAAUAAUUUUCUUUUAGAUUCUAAUAUUACACAAUCUUUUUAUCAAGCGAACAACACCUACUUUCUUUUAGUUUCCUUCUUUUUUUUUUUCUGAUUGGUUGAAGCACGUCCAAAGGCUGGCCUCGAUAUAAACGUUUCCAUCUUGCUUAGCAGACAUACUAAAAAUGCAAGCAUUUUUUUCUGUGGAAACUGGGAAAAAGAGGUCAGGAAUAGUGAUGUAACCGACAACAUAUUCAAAGUGCCAUGCAUGUUUUGUGAAGAAAACGCAGGAAAGAUGAAUGCGAAAGGAGUCGAGCUUUUCCGGGACGGGUCGGUCCACGAAUUCCAUCGCUUGAUAGCGCUGAUUACUUAUAGGAACAAGUGAAUACUUCAUUAGUCGAAAAAAAAGAAGAGUCUUAAUGAGCAAAACUUCGAUGGGAAGAGUAACUGGUCAGGUGUUGUAUUCAAAUGAGCCGGUCUUGUGAUGAGCAUACGUUUUACCGUUUCAUCACGUGUUUGCUCUUUGGCAGUGAUGUAAUUUCUUUCGAAUCGAGGCCGUUGAUUUUCGUGUAUUUUAUACAGGCGUACUCAGUCAAUUCAGAACCAUAUCGUCAGAUACGAUAUAAAAGUAAAUGCCUUGAAAAAUACUCGACCGUCGAUGAAGUAGGACAUGAAAAACUUUUAGCGAGGAAAUCCUGUUUUGUGCAGAAUCAAUCGCCACCUCAUUUAUAACUCCACAAAAAUUGAGUCAAUCGAAACGUUCCCAAAGAUUUUCUGGCAACUAGGCUUAUGAUCUGUGGCGAAUGACCCUUAUCAGACAGACUUAAAUAAAAACCAAACUCAGCUGCUGCUCGUACAGUAUAAAAUUAACUGGGUAAUAAUAAAGUUGGAAACUAAUUUACUCAGUAUGACCCCUAAAGUUAGUUUAAUUUCUUUUCUUUUACAGAUUUGGGACAACUAUGAUGUUGAUGGUAAUGGAUAUUUAGAUCAAGCCGAACUUAGGGUUGGUAGUCAAAUGACGUUUAGUGAUCAUAAAUCACAUCCUCUACUGUAUGUUGAGUUUACAAAAAACAGGGGCACCCUACGAGAAUAUAGUUCAAACCACUUAAACAUAGCAUUGUUAAACUUAUUUUGGUAUUUAAACGGUAAAUAUAGGCAUAUUUUGAUCCCCUAAAAAUUUUUCAUCUGUUCGGAUUUCCUAGUUGAAAGUCUAGUGAUCCGAAAAAUUAUAGGGAUCAAAACUGACCUUUUCAGCCAGAAAAAAUGGCUCCCGAAAAUUCAAGGUGACCUUUUAAGUCAGUUAAAAAUGGGCAAUUAUACCUUUUGGUGUUCGAAUAUCCUAGGAGAGGCAGGCAAGCAAGAAAUUUUACAACAAAUGUUCCGAAAAUUCUAGAUCUGAAAUCGUCUUCGAACAGAUAUUUUCCGAAAAUUGACGUUGGGUGCCCCUGAAACGUAAGUCAAACAGUAACUUCAAUCUGCACAUUCAGCACUCCAUUUGAUUCAUUAUGUUUUGCCGUCCCCUUUAUCGCUACAUGGUGAAAUUUCCUAAUAGCUAUAGGUUACGCAAUUUAGGGGGAGUUAAGUCAACAACCUCUGACGAAUUUUCUUUUCUCUUUGUAACUUCGGGAAAAUUUCCGUCAGUGAUUUGACUUGUUGAACAAGAGGGAACCAUAAUCGCAAUAAACUUGUAAUGUUAUGGUUUAAUUUCUAGAAAUUUUUUUAUGACUUGAUAACUAAGAAUGACAGCCAUCCAAGAAAUCCGAAAGACCUGAAAGACAAGAUUGAUCAGUAUAUCGAAGCCAUGGUAUGUGAGACAGAAAUGUAUCUCUUAGUUGUUUAUAGCCUGCGUAGCAAGCGUUUCCGUGCGGUUUAGGAGCAAAGAACGAGGAACGAUAGUCAAAGACCGCGCGAAAAUGGCGUAAGGAAAAGAGCGGGGAGGGGGUGGGGAAGAAAGGAAGGAAACGCUUGCAGACAAACCCCGGGAUUUUGAAAACCGCCCACUUGGCCUGUCAUGGCUGAGUUCGCGCACCGACAUUUGAUGCUGUCAUCAGCUAUCAUAAUUGACCAAUAAAAUGUUUGGCUUUCAGUGGAGCGGAAAUGAACUUCAGAGGACGCGUAUGUGAACUCAAAAUAUAUUUUUUUUGUAUUUUGUAACACAUGGACGGCGUUUAUGUUGAAAUAUCAAUGAAUCCGAACGAUCAAUACAGGCUUUGGACAUUUGUCUUUUUAAUCCGUCUAAGAGAACAGUCUGUGAAUAACCAUCUGAGAGAAUUCAACAUCCCUCAAAAAAAACACUAACGAGCUGGGCCCAGCAUGACACAUUGCAGGAAACCAUCGCAUUCGCGGACAAAAGAAAAUCGCUUUUAGUUAUUCAGAUCCAGGAGGCACUUUGGCCAAUAAAUUAAACGACCUGAAACCUUAUUUAGUCGCAAGAAGAGCCUUACCUUUCAAAAGAGGUCAAAGAAAAUGCUUUGGCAAAAUUUGCCGACCAGAAUAAACAACAAAAAUUGAUAUACGUGUCACGUACCAUACUGUCCUCUCAGUAUGAAAUAAACCUUUGAUCGACAUAUGUUAACAUUGUUCGACUAGUCGAGCCAAUCAGGCGCUGCGUUCGCUGGCGAACGCAUAUUUUCAAAAGCGAGGGGUUUGUCUGCAAGCGUUUCCUUCCUUCACCUUCCCCUCCCCCUCCCCCCACUUUCAUUUCUUGGCUCUUGUUUUAUUUCUCGUGCGACCAAAACCGAGAAUCCCGUUCCUCGGUCUUUCUUUGCUCCGAAACCAAACGGAAACGCUUGCUACGCAGGCUAAGUUGUUUAAUACGAUGGUAACUCAUAACAACUGGACAAGAUUACUCUUCUAUUAAAACAGUUUAAAAAAUAAUUGCCCCAUUAAUUUAUUCUUCUUCCGUUUAUAUUAUUCCUCUUUGCAAUUAUUUCAAUGAACAAAUUCAACUAUAAAACAUUCAACUUUCUUUGUGACUGCCAAGCAAAAAACAUCUGACUGAAAUAUUCAUCAUCAUCAUCAGGUCUCAUCACGCCAGUAGGCGCAUAUGGCCUCCACUCUGUUUGACCAGAACUUUCUGUCUUGUGCAACCGCUUUCACUACUUCCCAGCUAUUCCACCCAAACCUGCUUUGUUUCGCUCUUUCUCGACUGUCAACCGAUGAUCGUCUGUCGCCUAGGGGCUACUAUGGGGCCUAUCGGCCUUUAGGCUUCCGGCUGGCUUUGACUCAACGGAGCCAUUGCAGCAUUACCAGCACACCCCGAGUCAGUGUUGCCUCAUUAUCAACGCACCUAGUUUCUGUAACAGUUAUUGUUUUUAUGUGGUAGGGUCGUUAGCCCUAAACCCAACCUCCAUCCUGGAGGACCAGUGGAUCACUCUUUGUCUGGUCUCUACCCUUCGACCUUUUUGGCACGGGUGGCCCUACCAGGAGUACAAGAUUCCAGCCGACAUAGCUCUAGGGGUCAUUGACACACGCAAACCGCCACACCACGAUCAACUGGUGACCCCAAUCGGAGCAGAGAGAAUUAUUAAACAAAGCUAAAAAGGAAUAUACAGAGUACGCUCAAUUCAUUCAGGGAUCUAGUCCGACGAAAAAGAAAGAAGCAGAAAUCAUCUUUACAUUGGCCAAUGCACCUUCUCUCAACUCUACUGACUGUGCCUGCAGAUUGAUAUAUAUAUAUAUACAAAACAGCACUGAAAAAGUGUUUUCAAAACAUACAAACCAACUUGCUGACUAAUUUGCGAGAAUGUGAUUGAAAAGAAAAAAUAAAUAACUUCCAUUAAUUCCUAUUUGGCUUUUUCUUUCUUUCUUUUUGCUUUCUUGCUUUUUUUCUAUAACAGCGUGAGUGCAAUUAGGUGUAUAAAUGAGGCCUAUCCCUCACACCUAUCAAUGAUGCAUCUUAACACCCAAAGCAUGACGUCUACAUUCGAUGAACUGUCACCAUUGAUUAGUGAUUAACCUUUCGACACUGUUACGUUAUCUGAAACAAGGCUAAAGAACAACCAACUUUUUCUUAACCACGUUUCUAUACCCGGUUAUGUCGCUACAUACCGUAACUGGGAUGUAUGUAAAGGCAGAGGGGUGGGUGCCUAUAUUAAGGAACGUGACCAGUUUAAGAGGAGAACUGACAUCAAGAACUUGGAAACUGAAUUCGAACACCUGUGGCUUGAGUUUUCUUGGAAGAACAAGUAUAGCAAGCUCUUGAUCGGCACUAUUUAUCGAUCUGAACUCAUUCUUGAUACAAAGGUGUGGCUAAACAAGUUUGAUGACUUAUUAUCUACUGUGAUGACGACAUGGGAUGGGUUGCUACUAGUAACUGGCGAUAGAUAGAUAGAUAGAUAAUGAAACCCAACAUGAGUCACAUUGAGCGCCAGCACAGGAACAUUUUGGAGUCCUUAAACUUGACUCAACACAUUACAAAACCAACCAGAGUCACGCGCACUACGGAAUCCCUGAUUGACCACCUACGUCAUCCCUAAUGAUCCCUCGAGAGUCGUUCACACUGACGUAUUUCCAGCCCCAUCUGUGAGUGAUCAUGAAGCUGUUUACGCGAUUAUCAACGCGCGAGUUACCAGAUAUGCACCCCGUCAUAAAUGCAUAUGCAAUGAGGAACAGCUUGACAUGCAAGCUUUUAAACAAGAUUUCUCGUCUCUGCAUUUGAAUCUCAUCUAGUCACCGGAUGAUUUGGUGGAUUUACUUUACUCUCUCGUGACUGAGUGCUUAGACCGCCACGCCCCUUUGAAGAAAGUGAAGGUAACGCGACCGCCAGCCCCAUGGAUGGCGUCUGAUGAGAUACGUGAGUUCCAAGCUACUAGGGACAAGGUAAGGGCACAAGCCUGUUGUAGUGGCACUUAUGAGACAUGGACUGCGUUCAGAGCUGUGCGUAAUAGCGGAGCUCCCGCGGGCACAGCGGAGCACCAUGGGUAAGAAAAUGUGGUAAACUACCCAUCCGAGAAACGUUUGGUGAUCAUGUGACCGUAUACUGACCGACUGCCUGACCGUCCAUCCGCACCACAGACAUACCUAUGUAAAAUAACUCAAUCAACAGGUAUGGCAACUCAAAUGCAACUGGAGGUUAUUUUGACGGGAAAUCGCAUAGCCACCCGCGUCUUGUAAAGCAGAGACAACUAAAGAUUCCAUGAAGAUGGAAACGGAAAGCGGAAAUUGUCUCUAUAUCCAUGCUUUCUAAAGCAUUAAGCUUAGAUUAAUUGUCAUGUCCACAAAUUUGGAAUACAGAGCAAGAGAAACACAGAGAAAAAGAGAAGGUAGGCGGCAGGCCAGCGAAGUUCAACGAGAAAAAGGGCGACAGAAAUCUAGAGCGAGGGAUAAAAAAAAAGGAGAGAUUUUUUUGUUGGAAGAACAACAUGAAAAUUUUGUAACGGCGGUGACAAAAUGAGAAAUGCUAGCGGUCACCAAUGCAAGGUGAAAAUGAGCGGCAGUGAAAACAAAGUGAACGAGAAAACGUCCGACAUUUCCUCCAUAAAACGUGUAACUUAGAAGUUUCUGGAAGUUUCACGUUGUAGUCGUGCAAAACAGCGGCAAAGAAUGUACAAAAAAGUGUGCUGCACGAGCAUUUUAUAUUUUGUUUGAACAAACUAUAAAUACUACUGAAAGCUGCGCUUGUUGUCAACGGAAAGGCUAUAAGAACAUUUCUGAACACCACUCUCUCGUCAAAGCGACCUAAGGAGAUUUGGCGGGUUAUUCAUAGAGUUAUUCACCCUAGCCCCAGGCCUAUUAGUGCAGAUCCUGAUCAGCUGAAUCGUUAUUUUAUCAAGACAACGGAGAGAACACCAGGCACGGUACUAGACGAGGCCACCGAUCUAGUGGAUUUAACCCGAUCGUUAUCCUUUCCAGCUCCGCACGGUAUCCACUGAGGAAGUUCUCAAAGAGAUUACCCUAUUUAGAUUGGACUGUUCUACUGGCGUUGACCAAAUUCCCGUCCAAUAUGUAGAACAGGUUGGAGAUUUCCUUACGGGUCCUCUUGCACGUAUCAUCAAUGUGUGCAUCUCUAAUUCGUAGUUUCCACGCAUCUGGAAAACCGCACACAUCUCACCCGUCCCUAAAGUCGACAAUCCAAAACAGGACGCAGAGUAUUGUCCGGUCUCUAUACUUCCCGCGCUCUCCAAGGUCUUCGAGCGUUUGGUGCUCAAGCAACUCGUCCACUAUAUUGAUGAGCAAUCUUUUUUUACUCCCAAGCAUCUCGGGCUUCAGGAAAGGACUGUCAACCACAAGUGUUUUGCUUGGUAAUCAGGACGAUCUUAUUCGAGCCAUGAAGAGGGGUGAAGUAACCAUGAUGGUCAUGGCCGACUAUUCGAAGGCAUUUACACCGUAAGGUUUAAGUCAGUUCUUACCAAGAUACAUGUAAUGGGAUUCUCCAAAAGCUUCUUGAAAUGGAUGCUCAACUAUCUCUGUUAACGAAGACAUUUCGUCCAGAUUGAUGUAAGAAAGUCUGACCUGGAAGCUGUUGAUUUCCGCGUACCUGAAGGUUUCAUAUUAAGUCCCUUUAUAUUUAACCAAUAUGUGGCAGAUCUUCAAGAGCAUAUCCAGUGCCCGUGCUUUCAAUAUGCUGAAGACACAACUUUUUACCUUCACUCAAAGGUGUCUAAUUUGGAUGAUAGCAACACAGGCCUAAAUGAUGCCAGAGCACGUCUGGAAAAUUAUUCUACUGGCUCUAAUCUCGCGCUAAAUGCCAAGAAGACGAGGUGAAUGCUUCUGUCAACAACACAGAUGUCUCGAGUCCAUAGCCUGGACAGCUGUACUUUAACUGUAAACUGGGAAGGGGAUACCUUGGAUCCCUUGCGUUCAAUUUACAAAGUUGCAUGGACUACAUAUUGACCAACAACUGACAUGGAACGAGCAUAUCACCAAAACAAUCGCGUCAUGCUGCGGGAAACUGGCAGUACUAAGAAAACUGAAGCGUAUUGCUCCAUAUCGUGUGAGGAAACAGAUGGCAGAGUGCCUCGUCAAUUCUAAGCUGGACUAUGCCUCUGUAGUGUUCGAUCCACUACCAGCCUAUCAGCUGCGACGCCUCCAGAGAGUGCAAAAUGUAUGUGCGGGAUUUGUGUUAAGGAAAUACACUAAUGAGACUGACCUGGUGACACUAAACUGACUAGAUAUUGCCAAGAGGCGCAAACUUUCUGUUCUUAAACUGCCUUUUAAAUUUUGGAAUGAUACAAAUUUUACUGCAUACCUUAGACCUAGUACUGAAGCAAUGUCUGCACACAACUUGAGAUCCCCCGUUGCUCCACUACUAUUUAUCCCCUAAGAAUCUGGCACCUUUAAGGACACUGUCGCAACUUUUUUCAACAGCCUCCCAACCCAUGUCAGAAACAUUAAGGAUUAUGGGCUCUUUUAGCAAAUCAAUAAUGCCAUUGUUAUAAUGCCCCGGAUUCGACUCUAUUUCAAUGACACAUAGACAUUUUAUUUUUAUUUAUUUAUUUAUUUUAAACUAUUCCCAUAGAAUUUAGCCGUUAUUGCAUGUGUAAAUUACUAGAAUAUUAGUUUAGAUAGCUUUUAGUGUACAGGCGAAGAGCCACUUUGUGGAUUCUGUAUUAAAGGCAUUAUUAUUAUUAUUAUUAUUAUUAUUACUAUUAUUAUGGCAGUACAAACGUCUGGAUGCCCAGAGUAUAAAAUAAAAUCUUUGGCUAGGCGGUAAACCGUAAAACCAGCUGCAGCAUCGACUAAAAUUUGUAGAAACAAUUACGCAAUUUUUUGCGAAAAAAAAAAACAAAGUGGGUAAAAAUGAUCUGAUAAAAGUGUCUUAAAAAAUCCUACAAUUAGGGACGUCUUGAUUAUAAAAUAAAAAAGUUCAUAAAUUAAAAAGCGUCGUUCAUAAAGCUGUCUAUUAAAUUAUGAGAACGUCUAAAGUAUGUCAAUAAAAUUUCGAUAAUGUACAAGUUUAAGUAUGUGUUAGGUAUCUAAAAUUCCUAUAGAUAUCUAACCGCUCAGCUUGAACAUUCUAGCAAUGCGUAAUGAACUAGACAGGAUUGCCUGCUGCAUUUGGCGCAUAAUUGAUUCGCAUUUGUCUCCAGCAAGCUCUUUUAUAUUUUGCUCAACCUCUUUCGAACAGCCUCCAAGGACAUCCAUGAUGAUGUUAUACUGAUUGACCUUGUACUCAGGAUAUCGGUUCGUCAGCUCUUGUCUCAGUAGACUGUGACUUCGUUGUCUUCUCGAAAUCUUUAGACCCUCUAUUUUCCAGCCACGGACAGCUCAUUUCAAUCACAUUGUAUUAUUAUUAUUAUUACUAUUAUUAUUAUUAAAUGGUUAAGUAAUAGCUUUUAUUAUGACAAUUUAAAUUCAGCAUUCCUAACAUAAUUUAUUUCAUCUUUCAGUUCAGAAUGUAUAGCAUUCGAAAUGGAAAAUGCACAUUAGAAGACAUGUGCAAGUAAGUUUAUACUAUAUACAGUGUGAUUCUUAUAUCGAGUCGGUAUUGGCCGUUUUUAUGCUAGAGACGUUAAAGUCGUCUUAAGACGACUUUAACGUCUAGUAUAAAAACGGUAAAUAAGGCAGACGACUUUAACUUCUGACGACUUUAACGUCUUCUGUUAAGUGCGUCCGAACGACGCACUUAACAGACGAAUUUAACGUCUCAGACGUUAAAGUCGCCUGGUAUAAAGACGGGACGUCGUAAACUAGGAAGUUUGCUAGCUUGAAGUUCAUUUUUGGCGCCGCUUUAACUCGUGUCCAGUGUCUUCCGAGAGUACAGCGUAGUCCUUUUUUCAGAAAAAUCUACUUAUUUAAAUAAGGUCGUCUACUUUUGUGCGUCCCGUUUUUACACUAGACGACUUUAACGUCUCAGACGUUAAAUGUGUCUAGACAACUUUAACGUCUCUAGCGUAAAAACGGCCAUUGAAACUAAAUACAGGGAAAUCCUUCGGCAGAUGGAAAAUCGAAUUUGGGCGAGGGUAAGAAACCAAGAAAGAAACCAGUCCCCAGUUGCUAAAAUGCUCAAAAAGUAUCAGGAAAACCAAGUGCACUAUUCUCCGUUGGAUAGAGAUUUAUCCUGUGAAUGGCAUUAUUAUCCACCUUUUGAAGGGCUCUACUGCAUGUUUUGCCAAAUCCGAGCCCGGCCGAAAUUUCUUUGCAGAUGCUCAACGCGAAUGAAACAGUUUGACUGAUAUUUCAAUAACCUCAAAUAUCAAUGAAUCGAAAUUGUAUUAGCAAAGAAAAUAAUUCUUUUAGUUCACCCUGUUCAUAGUCUGCUUCACGGCCGUUCUUUGUGUCGUCACGCAACUCUCCUCCUCGGAAGGAAGAAGAGCGUUGCGUGACAACAAAAAGAACGGUUGUGAUCAGACUACCCUGUUUCGGGCGUCUCGCUCUAGCAUCUUAACGCCUGCAAGAUUUAAUCAUUAGUAAACCGAGGAAGGUACAGUGCGCAGGUCUGUUUUCAUGAAACAAUUUGUGCUUUUCUUCUGUAGAUUCUGUCCAGUGGAAGAAAAUUUCCUGGAACAAUACGAGCAAGUAAGGGUGAUUUUGGUAUUUUUGCUAGCAUACAUGUAAGCAAUCCUAAAUGCGGCUGCAUUAUUUAAACAAGGUACAAUUUAAAAAGUUACUGCAAUUUGCUUAAGCAAGUAAAACUUGGAGUCGCCGAACAAACUACAUAAUGAAUAAUACGUAUUACUAUAUACACACUCAGUGAUCUUGGUGAUUCAAGCAAUCUGAUUGGUUCGCCAUCUCAGACUAUUCAACAAUAUUCACCUCCUAGCGAGUGGAUAAUGUGUGAGCUCGAUCUUUUUCGCAUUUUUUUAGAGAACGAUCUUUCAAAAUUAGACAAAAUCCUAGAGUUGAUUUCUUUGAGGCAAGAAAAGACUUAAAGGCUUCAAAACGGCGUUUUUCCAUUUACUGUAGCUGAAUGUUUUGCUCAAUGGAUUGUUUACAACUCCAGUUUAUUCGCGUAGAAGAGGCCGUUUCGUGAACUCAGCGUUUCCUGACAAGAAAAAUUUGACCCAAAAAUCGAAGUUUAUUUAUGACAAACAGAUAUGAAAGCAAAUGUUUGCAGAAAUUCUUCGUUUCAAGUAAAUAGGACAAACAAUGCUACAGGAAAACGACGCCUUACCUCGAGCAACCGCCAUGUCAGCACUUCACGCGAAGAACGACACAACAAACUUUUUUCGCUAUAAACUUGGCGAGCCGGUUAACAGAAAAUAACAAAGCUCUACUUUUCUUCUUGGGUAAGGAAACAAUUCAAACUUUUAACGGUUCCAAUUAAGCCAUUACGCAGUUGUUUGCGAAGUGAUAGACUUGUGAAUUGUCAUGUUUAAAAGAUUUAACUUUCACAUGAUUUGAUCCGUCAAUUAAAUCGUACUCGUUAAUGAUUUUCUUUUUUAAUUCUAAUUUUGUUGAGAUCACUUCAUGUGUAUAUACUAAAACAAUUUUUCUUUUCAAUCUCGGUGAAUAAUGGCUUUAGGAAUAUUUACGUCGCCGCUUCGCGGCCUGGUAAAUAGUACCACUAUUCUCCCCGAUUUCAAAGAAUAAUUGCUAAUUGUAAUAGUUAUCACCCUAAAAUUCGAUGAAAGGUAAAUGGUUCGUUUCAGUUGGGAUUCAAAGCUUGACGAUUGACAUGAAUUUUAACACGUUAUCGCCUAGACGAUUUUACAAUGUAGUUAUCAGAAUUCAAACAAGAUGGUUAUAAGCUUAGGAAAACAUUAUUUUUCCUGCUUUGAUUUUUACCGUGUAAAAAAGAAAGAAAGAAAGAAAGAAAGAAAGAAAGAACUUGAUUAAUUGAUUGAUUGAUUGUUAUUUGUUAUUAACCAUUAAUAAUUAUUUUAUAUUCUCAUCAGUUUAACGAAGAAGAAAUUGACGAAAUAUUUGCACAUUAUGAUCAGGCAAGUCAACUUGGCUUUUCUCUUCUGUUCGCUGCAAUAUGAUAUAGGUUAACGUGGAACAAUAAGAAAUAAAUUUAAAGAAACCUAUGGCAGUUACAGACUGAUGCAACUAUUUAAAGUGCUACUACGACGAAAAUUUUUGUUUUUGUUUCCGAGUUUUUUUAACAUAAAUCUUUUGUAUAUGUUCAAAAUUAUACAAAUAGCGAAAAAUUGGAACGAUACUUGCGUACGGGGGCUGGAAAUUUCCCACUGAAAAGUGCAUAAAUACCGUCCGCCAUUACAAAGUUCGUAAGGCAAUAGCCCGCGAGAUCUCCGCAAAGCGGUCGUGCGUUUGACCACGUGAUUUAUGCACUGUGACGUAGAAACAUCAACCAAAAGAUUUUGCAUUUGGGAAAAGUUCGUGAGUUUAGAGCCUUUUAACAAGACGUUUAAGAUGUGAUCUCCGUCGGAUUCCUCUUCCUGCACAUCUGAAAGUGAUCUAGAAAGUUUUAAAGUUGACGAAGUGAUGGGGGAAUUGUCUGAAUUUGCGCCGUACGACGACAGUUUCGAACCCCUUGCUACCGAGGAAGAAGCCGCGGACUACAACGAAAGAGUUCAUCGCGAAGAAGAAGAGGAACAACAGUUUCAGCGAAGAUAUUCCGGGAGAGGUGCCAGCGAAUGAAUGGUAUGGUAUUAUCAUGGAAUGUAGAUUUAUAUUUUUAUUUUCCAAUUUCAACAUACCCGUCGUUAAAUUGUGCGCGUGAGGAACGCGACUGUGUGUUUUGUUUAAGUUUACAAUUUCGUUGCUGUGUGAUUAACUGUAGUCCUGAUUUUAUGCGAUAGUUUUAUUGAAGAGGUCAGACAAUUAAUAAUUUUAUACAGACGUAUUUUUCUUGUGUUUGACGAAUUUUUCACAUUAUUUGGCAGGUGUUCGUGCUCGAACUGCUCUGUCAGCCUUGUUACAAAAGCGCAGGAGUGCAUUUGCUGCAAAGAGAUCGAUCGCUGCGAAGAGGUCAUGGAAGAAGCCAUUGGAGACCGGACCUUAUGCAUAACCCUCCAUCCAGGGUUUGAAAGCGUCUGCUUAAACCGCCACGUAUUAGAAGUGUCUGCACUGGGCCUAAAAACGCGAGCUGGAAAGUCGUACACAACUGUUCGUGGGCAAAGCAACUAAAGUGAUAAUGAGUAAGUUGGGGUAUUGUUGACUUUGUAUCGGAACGAUCGAACCGUACAUAGCAUUGAAUAAUUGAUACAUCUAAGCUUAUCGCCGUGGACUGAUCUCAUAGAAUCACAUUUUUUAUUUUCUAAAUGGCUUUAUUGCCCCAACUGCUUAUUUUUAAAAGUAGUAUUUAUUUAUCUCCAUCCAAUCCCUCCUUGAAUUAACAGUGAUCUCAUUUCUCUAACUAGAUUCCUGAGCCUGAGGUCUGUGGCCUAUCGCCAAUUUACAAGACUGCCGUGGAGUUAUAUUGGUAGUUCCAGGCGAUACCCCUUGCCCUGUUGUGCCUACAAUAAAAUCAGGAGACAAUUUCCGAGUCAAAAUGGCCAUUAUCGUGGAUUCGAAGAUGAAGAAAAUGAAUAAUAAAUGCACUGUUUGUUCUUGAAGAGUGUCAUGUAUGCCAUUGGGGCCAAGAAGGACCUACAGUAGUUGCGUAAAUACUUGUCCGUAAACACUUAAUUUUAUGGGCCAAACUUCAGAAUUCUCAGCCACUUACUCUCUUUUUGUUGAAUGACAAACUUGCCCACUGUGUGAAGCCCUGUUCUUCUAGCGUUCAGUUAAACUCAAGUUUAGUGGCUGGGAAUUCUGAUGUUGCUCCAAUUUUCAUGUACACAAGUAAUAAAAAUUAAAUCGAAUGCAGCCUGAAUUUAAUUACAGUUUUAAUGUAUCGUUUCUUUCUUUUCACUCGGCUCACAGAGCACUGCAAACUUAAUAGCAGGUUACCUGCUGGAAACUUUCCUAGCAGGUCUGGUUGAGUCUUCCAGACUUCUGUCUGGCUACAGUUUCUGCAGAAACUUUCUACGGUAAACAAGGUACCUGUCUGUGAUACAGAAAGUUUGGGUUUUGAAAAGAAGCACAAGUGGCAGAACUGAAACAAAAGAAGAAGUUUAGAAAGGAAAACAAUUCCCUUCGGUUCCUCUCGAAUGUCUUUUCCUUGUAGAUCCAACCUGUAAAAAAUCAUUGAAAGGAAAUACUCAUUUAAUCAUAGCAUCUGAAAUAAUAAAAUAACAAUAAAAAAAAUGAUUAUCAUUUUUAUUGUUUUUCUCAGGGUGUUGCCAGUUUUUCAACUUGUUGUAAACCUGGCUAAUCGUGGAUUGGGAUUUUAUUCUCACAUACAUCCUGAAAAUGCUUUUUUAUAAUAAUUCUGUUGAUUGCACACAUGACAACUUUGAGCCCUUAAGCUAUCUAGCCCAACCCAACGAUGCAUAAUUUAUUACAAGUGGUUGAGUGGACAAACCAAACAUUUUUAGGCCUGGGACUUCCAGUCUAUGGGCUGGCUGUGCCUCUUCUUUUUUUUUUUUUUUUUUAGCAAUUCUUAUCUGAGUAAAUUAAAAAACAAAUUUCAUGUACUCUUGUUUCUAAAUAGAUCCUCUCAUAAUGGAAGUUAGUUUUAGGCCUAAAUCACUUCCCAGAGGAUACUUAGAGUUAAGAUGUUAAAAUGCAAUAAAUUUUGCAUCUUUGUACCUUGGGUUCUGAUGAGUCUUCACCGAGUCAUCAUCUUCCUUUGGUUUUUUAUAUGCAUCUUCGAUUUCUUCAGGACUCCAUUUAGGGUCUUCAUCACACUCAAACUCCUCAUACGUGUCGUCCUGCAUUUCCUGCUCAUCUUCUGAUUCAUCCUCUAGCCCUAACUCUGUCUCAUUUGUUACUGGCCAUGGAUCAGUUUGAAUAGCUUAAACAAAUGGAAUUAAAAAAAUUCUAUUACCAUUAAAAUUUUAAUUAUUAUUAAAUAAUCAAAUAUUGAUAAAAUGUAAUAAAAAUAUAAAGAUAGGCAGUUAUGCCUAUAUGACUCAUCAACAUCAAUAAUUACUGUUUACUCACCAGCAUUCACCAUCAGCAACUGCUUCGGCUCUUGUAUGCUCUUAAAGGUUUCAACCCACUGAUCUUGAUUGGAGAUUAACUUACUCUUCAGUCUUGUGACUUUGCCCCUUAACUGAGUCACCUCACUCCUCAGGGUUUUGCAUGUUGUGCAGUUCCCAGCAUGUCCAGUUGGAGUAUCCUACAAAAAACAAGCUUUCAACAAUAAUACAGGCUGUAAUAACAAAACUUCAGAAUUUUUGUGUUUUAGUAUUGUUGUAAAAUAACUGCACAUGUUAUGUUGUUAUGAUAAUACAAAGAUGCAAAUAAACAUUAAUUAGAGUUAUGUGCCUACCAUAGAAACCUGUUCAAGUUCAGGAAUCGUUAAUGAUUCAUCAAUCUGCAUAACUUCAUCCAUAUCCUGUAGUUUUUCGAUUCCCUGUGCCUCCAGGAUCUGCAUGGUCUCAGUAACCUCAUCAGUGCCGGAAAUCCCUUGGCUCUCGAGAGUUGUCUUAUCACCAGGAGUACCUAGGACCUCUGAAGCCAUCUCAGCAUCAACACUUAUCUCACCCGUCUCAGUCUCAGGGAUGCAGCCCUCCUUUUCAGGAUUUACCUCAAGCAAAGAACCCUGACUUGUGUUCAGAACACCCUCGACUUCUGGAGACUCCUCAGGGUUGAGAUUGGGAGCCCCCAUAGUGUCAGCACUCUCCUCAGGUGCAGAACUUCCUUUCAAGGAGAUCACCUCUUCUUCAGGAUUGUCUUCUUCCUCUGUAUCCUCAUUAGUAGUUUGACCAGCCAGAAUUUCAUUUAGUAGCUAAAAAUGAAAAUAGGUACGACCAUUUUUUAUAUCUCCCCUUCAAAACAAGUUUAAAUUUGAGCUUUAUGUCGAUGUUUUCAAAAGUAGAAAUGGAAGCAAGGUUUAACCGCAUCUUUGCCUUAAAAUGUAUGCAUCAUUUGCAGACAGUGAAAAUAGAAUUAAAAUACAAACGAAAAAACCCGCAAACAGUAACUGAACUUAUAGGAAUGUAGAAAUCAGACUAAGUCCAUUUUUGGUCGUUUUAAAAGACUCGCGUGUAACUCCUAAUAUGCUGUAAUAUUUCUUGGAGGGAAGUUUGGAGUACUGUCAAAUCUCAAAGUAACAGCAAGAUAAUCUCUCAAAAAAUAGAGAGCCGGAUUUCUAUGUAGCUUCACUUUUUCUAAAUUUUACGCUUGAGUGGAAAGGUCUGGGAAUUGGAGAAUUGACUUCACGUCCACUCAGCGCAAAUGCCCGUUUUACUAUAACUGUGAGAAGAAAGCAGAAAAGUAUGAAAACACAUGCAACAAUAUGGGAAGUCCAAAUAGUCAGAGCAUUCAUUACACGAAUAUUGAACAACGAUGCCAGAAAAAAUCAUGUCACAGGUAAAUGGGGAAAUAAAUAUAAUGGUGAUAAGCACAGCGCAAAUACAUUGUAAUUUCACUCACCGAUCGUCGACUCCGCUUUGAUAGUGUUUGGAAGGAUUUUUUCCAAAUGGUUGGAAACGUCCCCUUCUUCAAAUUCCUUUUCAUACCUUUCAUCGGAAAAGCAAGCGUAAAACAAUCCCUUGUAAAAUGCUCCGAGCACACAGCAAAUUUUCCCACUGUGUUGAAAUCCUUCCGAUGAAUGGACACGAACCUUUUCCACUUUAAUCUAACGCUGCCCGAAUUAGGAGAAUUCAUCGUUCUUUACGUUUCCACAGUCCUGAACAACACAACGUCUACCAGGCAUACUUUCGCUUUAAGUCAAAAAAGCGAAGAAAGAACCUCCAAAAGCUUCCAAAAAUAUCUCGUCCUGCAUGCGAAAUUAGCCUCGUUUGUUUACCUUGUUUUGUCGCGUUGAUUUUUCUACGUCACAUCUCGCCCCAACUCCUUCAAAUACUACUCCCGGUCAUUUUUUGAAUCGAGUAAUGGCGGCAAGACAUUUACGAAAAUUGCCGUGCAAAUAAACACACUUCCAGAUCAUAUUUGGACUCCAAACUUGGCACGGUAAGUCACUUUUACAUACAUUUUCGAAAUAUGUAAUCAAAAACAAAUUCCCAAAUUUGAUCGUAGUAGCACUUUAAAGGGUAGGAACGUUUCAACCAACCUCUCCCUUGUACACGUUGGAAGUUUGAAUUUGCAUGUACGUCCAAGGGCUAAGUGAUAGAAAGCAAAAAAAUAUACUGCCAAAAACACGUACUGGUCAAAAGUGGUUAAAAGGUCAUGUGUCUUUAACAAAAAAAUUGCGACAAACAUUCUUAUAGGAUGAUAGCCAUGAGAUCGAGGGAUAUGAACUGGAAGGAUUUCUCAACGAUCUCUAUCAAAAGAAACACAAGGUAUGGUAAAAAUCUUCUGUCAUUUAUAGACAUUGGUGCAUUUAUUACCGGCAAUUGUUAUUACUCUUCCCCAGUCCGAUACCCCUCCUCGUCACCUAAAGCGUAGUGGCGAAUCCAGACCAAACUGAAGCCCGGAGGACUGAAAAAAAAAAAAAAAUUGGGACCGCCCCCCACCCCUUAUCUCAGGUUCUGGAUCCGUCACUGGAGGGCGUCCUUUCCUUUCGGUUGCUGUUUAUUUCGAAUACUUAAUUUUUCUAUUUUUUUUAUUUUUGCUUGCUUGCUUGCUUUAAGGAAGUUAAAUUCAUUUUCAUCUUAUCCCUUUAAUUCACAGCCUGGCGUUACGUUUGAAAAGUUUAAAGAAAAAAAGAUGAAGGCAUUUGACAAAGACAAAAACAAGAAGUUCAAUAAGAAGGAACUGGAAAAGAUUUUAAACAGUCCGUAAAACAUCACUGGCCUAAACAGAAACUGACAAUAUACUAUUGCUUUAAUAUCUUCCUCGUUGUAAUUUACACUGUAUAUAAUUGUUUGAGCUUAAUGCUGUCUUCGUGAGUACCAACUGUUUGAUUCUUACUUGACGUAAAUUAAUCCUAAAUCGCGUGCGUGGCGGGUAUCGUCAAUAAGGCCUUUUUUGGCGUGUGCUAAGUAC